GCCGCGGGAACCCCGAGCCCGCCUCCUCCGCAAGCUCCUAGGCUCUCGCCAUGGCCCCGGCGCUGCUGCUGGUCCCAGCGGCCCUCGCCUCCUUCAUCCUGGCCUUUGGCACCGGAGUGGAGUUCGUGCGCUUCACCUCCCUGCGGCCGCUGCUCGGAGGGAUCCCGGAGUCCGGUGGUCCGGAUGCCCGCUAUGGGUGGUUGGCUGCCUUGCAGGACCGAAGCGUUCUUACCUCCCUGGCUUGGGAUCUUGGGCUUCUGCUAUUGUUUGUGGUGCAACAUAGCCUCAUGGCAACUGAGACAGUGAAGGCGUGGACAUCCCGGUACUUUGGAGUCCUUCAGAGGUCACUGUACGUGGCCUGCACUGCGCUGGCCUUGCAGCUGGUGAUGCGGUACUGGGAGACUGUACCCAGGGGCCCAGUGUUGUGGGAGGCUCGAGCUGAACCUUGGGCCACCUGGGUGCCCCUCCUCUGCUUUGUGCUCCACGUCAUUUCCUGGCUCCUCAUCUUCAGCAUCCUUCUGGUCUUUGACUACGCUGAACUCAUGGGCCUCAAACAGGUAUAUUACCACGUACUAGGACUGGGUGAGCCGCUGGCUCUGAAGUCUCCUCGGGCUCUGAGGCUCUUUUCCCACCUUCGACACCCAGUAUGUGUGGAACUUCUAACGGUGCUGUGGGUGGUUCCCACCCUGGGCACUGACCGCCUCCUCCUGGCUCUUCUCCUUACCCUCUACCUCGGCUUGGCUCACGGGCUUGACCAGCAAGACCUCCGCUACCUUCGGUCUCAGUUACAAAGAAAACUCCAGCUUCUCUCCAGACCCCAGGAUGGAGAAGCAGAGUGAGGAGCUAGCUCCAUUUCUAGGUCCUGUUCUUCCUCAAAAAUCCCUUAGCUUCCAGACCUUUUGAUACAGACCAGAAGCUGGAAACCAUGUGCUGAAGGGGCUGUCACUUCCCCUGCUUGAGACCUCAGUUCCAGGGUCCAGAUCCCCUACUCUAAAUUUAGAGUUUCAGUCACUGGCCUCCAGGGUCCAUUUCUCACCAACCAAGAGUGGGUACAAAGUCAUGUCAUCUCUUGGGGUUAACACAAGGCCUUGAGCACUCCCUCCUCUGGUGCUGUUAUUGGUUCUGCACCUCAGGGAUCCCCUUACUAGUUUCCACUUCAAGAGCUAUGCUAGGGCCAGCCCGCAAAGUUUGCAGGUAGUGGAUAUCUCUUGUACCACUGUGCGUCUUCCCCACUCCUGCCAUCAUUUCUCUACCUCCUUAUAGGUCCUGCCCUACAGAUCCUAGGUGUCUCCUGUUUUUUAACUCGGGCUGACUCAGGGCUCCCUGCUCUCUCAAAAAAUUAAAAAUUUCUA